AGUCCACCACAACUGCCAUCACCACCACCAACCUCCCAUAAAGUGGUCACUCCUCCAGUUUCACCUCCUCCUGGAAGCUUAUCCCCUCUACCAGAGGACCCUCCUCUCCCAGAGAUAGAGAUACCAGCGGUGCCCAAGCUGCCAGACAUUGUGGAGAAAACAAUUGAACAAGGAAAGAAAAGAGAGAAACUCAAGUUCAUGGUGGACACCCCACCGCCGCUGCAGCAGGUCAAAGAAGAACCUAAGAAGAGAAGAGCCACGCCCAAAAUAAGGACAAUACCCAGAAAGAUGUUCAGACAACGAAAAACCCGCCCAGCCGAAGCUCCAGUUACAACCGAGGAGUUAAAGGACAUCCAUGACCCAUUGGAUUUUCUGGCUAGAUGGUGCAUCAUCAACCCUGACAGACUGCCGUUCUACGAACUUGUCUUCGAGUACACAGUUGCCGAUCAGACACCCCUGUACCCCAGACAAACACAACUGGAGCCACCAGAGACACAGUACGAGAGAAAGGAGCAGUUGGAAGGGGCGGAUAAUGGAGAGAUUCCUGGCAAGAAGGAGAAAAAGAAGCACAAGAAAGGACAGGCUAAUGAAGACAUCACUAACGACCGACUACUCAACACAAGACUGCUACCCGCAGAAAGGGGCAUGAAUUUUAUGAAAACUACUAUGACUGUUGAAGAACAACACUUGGAGAAGCUGAUAUAUACAAUGGACUUGCUGCAUGAUAAGAUGCUCAACUUGGGGAGUUCUCUGGAGGAACUUGAAGCAAAGAGAGUCAAACUGUUAGCCGGUAAGGCUAGAGAGACGUUCCCACAGAUUGCCUCUCCCUCCUACACGCCAAAGAAUAAAAAAGGCAAAAAAGGAAAGAAGAAAGACAAACAGGCAGCACAGCUCAAAUCUCGUGAGAUCACAGACGCUGUCAUUGUUGACAGACUCUAUGGGAAAAUGUUGAAUGAACUGUGCCGAGAGCCAGACGUGAAGUUUCUGGAGUGUGAAAUAGAAAUCUUACAGGACAAGAUCAGGGGAGUGCAGAGACGGGUAGAGGACAUUGCACGAGAGAAACUUCUCACAGAUGCCUUCUGCAUGAACCAUUACUUUCUGAGACAAGGACUGCACGGCCAGUCAGAAGAUUUCAAAAGGCAACAGAGUGAGCUGUACAACAGACUUCACCCAGCACCGGAUUUUGAAAUGAACAUGGAAGAAGUGGAGCACGCCUUACAACAAAUCAACAACCACCUGCUUACGAAACAUGAAUUCAACUUUCUCUACAACGUUCUAAAUUUGCCAGGCAGAGAGAAAAUCAACUUCAGAUUAUUCACAGUUAUUGCAGCUCUGUCAGAGAAAGUGACACAACUCGAUCCCGUGAUCAGAAAGAUGAUGAAUAACUUUGACUACAAUGCUCUGGACAUCAAGAUGGAGAAAUGCAAGGAACUCUUUGGCCUCCUGGAUAUGGACCACAUGCCGCAAGGGGCGGCUCAGGCGGAGAGUUUGGCCGUUGAGCUGACAGCUGGUGGCCUCAAGCCUGAAAAUACUCGAUACGUUCUCAACAAAUUUAACAGAGAAAGCAAAGGUGCCAUUGACUUUCUGGAUUUUGUGACCUACAUCCCUUUGUUUGUGGAGAUCCAUAAACGAAUCAUCCAAGAUCCACUCAAGGCAGACCUGGAUUUGUAA